UGUCAUCAUUCAGGUGGAAUCUGCGCAGCGCAGCUCAGAGUCAGUGUGGAGACACAUCUGCACCACAUCUGUGCAACACAGGUCCACAACCACAGAGGACAACCAGCAUCUCUCUGCUUUCACUUGAUGAUCAUCACUUUGUUGGGAUGAAGCGACUUGAUGUGAGAUGAUGAUGAUGAUGACGAUGAUGAUGAAGGUGAAAUGAAAGCAGACUUCCAUCGGCUGGGAUAACAACAACAAUGGUGCUGCCAGACUGGUUCAUCUGGAGCCGCAUGUGAUGCCGAUCAGUCCCGGAGGCAGUGACUCCAGCAGCGGCUUCCAACAAGCGAAGAGGACGUAAUCCUCUCUGCGCCCUGCGGAUCUUUUUCUUCGCUUUCUUCACAUCACACACUUUGGACGCGAUGGACGAAGGAGCCGCCUGCGAGGCCGUCCCAGACCUGAGAGACAUAGAGGUGAAAAUCGGCAGGAAGACCCCCGAGGGUUUGCUCAGGUGUCUGCGGGAAGAGGCGUCCUCUCUCCGGGGAGACGCCAAGCUGGCAGCCGCGCACGACUCCGGUGCCAAGGAGACGGGGAGGAAGAGUUUGGAUGAGAAGAUCAGGAAACUGAAGAUGGAGAUGGCUCACUUGCGCUCAGUGGACGUGAAGAUCCUGCAGCAGUUGCUGGCGGUGCAUGAAGGUAUCGAGGCAGUGAAGUGGCUGCUGGAGGAGCGCAGCACGCUGACCAGCCGGUGCAGCAGCCUCACCAGCAGCCAGUACAGCCUGGGCGAGGGCCCAGACACGUCCUGGAGAGGCUCCUGGAGCAGCCUGCAGGACCCCAAUGACAAGCUGGACAACAUCUCCAUCGGCAGCUACCUGGACACCCUGGCGGACGACAUGGAUGAGUACUGUCCAUCCAGUUCGGAGUCGGUCAUCUGCUCCACCAAUCCACUGGUUUCAGAGGCUACCCCUGGGGGGCGGACAGGGGGAGGCCUCGUGGCCCCGGUCACAGCUGCUGGAGCUGGGGUAGGGUCGAGGUGCGUCACUGGGGCUGUUAUUGGGAUUCGGGCUGGGACAAAUGAGAAUGGAGUUGGGAAUGGAAAUGGGACAGAACUGAAAGGUGCACUAGGGACUGGGGUUACCAGUGCUGUCACUGGGACUGCAGCUGGAAAACCAGCUGUUCCCCUCAAUUCUGCUCGAGCCAAGUCUGAGGGCCCCAAGCAGGAUCCUCCAGUGUGGACCAAGGCUGCAGAGACGGGCAAAGGAAGCCUUGUUUCAAAGGACAAUGUCAAGGCACAAUCCGUCAAGGUUAACGGCGUCCAUGAGAAACCAUCCGCACAAACUGGAAGCCCGACCCGCCCCAGCCUCACCGAGAGACAGGGAACCAGCCAGAGCCCCAAACUCAAGCCUUAUAGAAACGGAAAAAUUGAGUUGGAUACUUGCAAAAUGAACGGAAAAAUGCACCUGGAGUACGACGCGCACUGGCGGUGGGUACAGUCGCAAGAAGAUGUGACGUUUUUGUAAGAAGGACAAUAACAGAGGGGACUAAAUUCACUAUUGACUCCUCCCUCGGUAAAGUCAAAGACCAGACCAGGUUAGGAGAGGAGUGAACUGCUGUUGUGAAAUACAGAUAAUAAGGGUUUCUUUGGUGAAAGACACUGGGUUUAAAAGACAAAGACUAACGUUGUUCUAUUUUUCCCUCUAACAGCACUAACUUUCUAUAAAACAUUGAUGUCAGUAUUAAGAUGGAUGCACAUUACAGGAUUUUAACCAUCGUCAGCUAAACGGGGGCUGCCUCAAACAAACUUAGGACAAUUUAAAAAUCCUGUGUCAUAGUUUUUUCUCAGGGUCUUUCUUUGCAUUCCCUGAUUUUAAUUUAUUUUAUUUUCCCUAGAAAUUAAGCACAGAUCACAGAUGAUCGAGCAGAGAGCAGUAUCAAGCAAUGACAAUUUCAAGAUUUAAAAUCAUAUUCAUCAUUUAAAUCAUACUCAUAUUCCCCCAAUUAAUAAGUAAAAUACUAUAAACUUAUACUAAACCCUUAAAACGGCGAUUGCUCCUAAGUAAUUGUAAACUGCAUGUCCUGUUACUUCUCUACCAUUUCGUUUGAACCCCUGACAGUGAAACAAAUGUGGCCUCUCAUUACCAGUCAUGACCUCACUGCUGAGAGUUAUUGAAACUGAGGAUGAAAUUUCCUUUUUGGAUUUUUUUUUAAUUCAAAGUCAUUCAAGAAGAAGAAAGGAGAUUAUUUCAAGGAAGAAAAAGAAAAAGCUAAAAAUAGACGUCUGUUUAACAGAUGUUUUUUUUCUCUUUCAUGUUACUUACAUUUUUCUGAGGAACCUUUGAGGGUCCUGAUCACUAGGUUGGGAACCGCUACAGUGCAAUCAUCACAUUUUCCACUCCACAACAGCAAUAUGUAAAAACUCUCCCCCCCUUAUCAACUUCCCCUUAAUGUCUAGAAUACAAUUAAUUAUAUAAACCAUCACUUUUAGACAAUGUAACUGAAUGGUUAUAGCCAGUAUUGCUUGUUAAAGUAUUGAGAAAAAAGUUAAAUAUGUGUGUUUCUCCCUGAAAACGUCCCUAAACAACAGUAGAUGAUAAGAAACACAUGAGGACAGAGCACUGAGAUUAGUAAACGUCUCCCUCAAUGAGAAAUAAUGUACCCGCUGUUAGCAUUGGUGUCUUUGUUGAGCUUCAAUGAUUAACUAACCCUCUGCAAUACUGUAUAUUCACUGAAUCGCAAUACAGCUACUCUGUGUAUCAGGUACUUGUCGUGACCGGUUGUAAGCAAAUACUGAAUAUGGCUUUUUUUGGGUAAUCUGUGUUAGUUUUUAACUUCAGAUGUUGUGCCUGAUCGGUGUAAAACUUUACUGCAUAGUACUUUUCCUCCGGAGAUGAGUGCUGCAUUGUCGAUAUGAUAAUCUGUGUUUUGUUUGACGGAUUUUUAAAAAUGAUAUCUGGCCGCUAAUUGCGUGUGCAAAUGGUAAAUGUUGCUGGGUGGUAAAUGUGUUAUGUUGGCUGCAUGGAUAUUGCAUGCCCUGUGCUGAAAGCUUUAAUGGCUGAACUGUGAGAAAUUGUGCGGAAGACUCGACACAAUCAGAGCAGAAAAGCAAUAGUUCUUGAAGCCUUUUGACUGGUUUGCGUAAGUCUCCUCUUCUCAGCAAAUAAAAACUUUUUCUUCAGGAGUUCAAAAGACUACUGACAGGGAGAGGAUGUGUGUGUGUGUGUGUGUGUGUGUCUGUGUGCGACAGAGAGACACCGACUGUCUGAGCACAGCCGGCCUGUCAGGUUCGGAUAAGAAUAGACGAGUCCCA